AUGAUGAUGAUGGUAGGUGGUGGUGGGUUUAGGAGGACGUCAUCAUUGAGUGAUGCAUCCGUGGCAGUAUCAGAAACAACAUCUUUUAGCGACAUGCUUAGAAGCAAUAAUAAUAGUAAUAAUAAUCAUCUUAUUAGGAAGCCACCCUCACCAGAUCUAGAGGGUGCAGCAGAGGGACACAAUAGCAAAACUGUGGUGGUGGUGGUGGUGGGAAAAAGAAAGGCAAAAAGGGGAGAAAAAGCACGAAUGCAAGUAGAAGCCAAGGCAGCUGAAGAUGCUCGGAGGCGAGUGGAGGAGGAAGCUACUGCAGAAGCAAAACGGAAAAGAGACCUGGAGAGGGAAUCAACCAGACAAGCAUUAUUGAAGGAAGAAGGGGCUCAUUCUCUUAGGGGAUCUGUAUCAUCAUACAGGGUUUCAUUGAUGCUUAUCACAUGUAUGGAGAGAUCUGAGAGGGAGAUUAGAGAAUCUAAACUCCAAGAACUAAUAAACAAACAUUUUGCAGCAAGUUCAGUUCCAAAAGGCAUCCAUUGUCUCUCUUUGAGAUUAACCGAUGAAUACUCAUCUAAUGCCCAUGCACGCCGCCAGUUGCCCUCACCGGAGUUUCUCCCUGUUCUUUCUGACAACUCAUAUUACCAUUUUAUCCUUUCAACUGACAACAUCUUUGCAGCUAUUGUUGUGGUCACUUCUACAGUCCAGUCAUCUCUAACACCUGAGAAGAUUGUUUUCCAUGUCAUCACUGAUAAGAAAACAUACGCAGGCAUGCACUCAUGGUUUGCCUUAAACCCCAUCUCACCUGCCAUUAUUGAAGUCAAAGGUGUUCAUCAGUUUGACUGGUUGACCCGAGACAAUGUUCCUGUUCUUGAAGCCGUUGAAAAUCAUAAUGGAAUUCGUAAUUACUACCAUGGAAAUCAUAUAUCAGACACUAAUGUUGGUGAUACUGUUACUCCAAGAUCAUUUGCCUCAUAA